GAGACGGCUCUUCUUCAUGGACGGCCCUUCCCUCGUCGUCCCUUCUCCGCGGCGGAUCCCUUGGUGAGAGAUGGCCUCGGCGGACAGCGAGGUGAAAACCCUCCUCAACUUCGUCAACUUGGCCUCGAGCGACAUCAAGGCCGCGCUGGACAAGUCGGCUCCCUGCCGCCGCUCCGUCGACCACAGGAAGUACCUGCAGAAGCAGCUCAAGCGCUUCUCGCAGAAAUACGCCCGCCUGCCCAGAGGCCACCACCUGCAGCCGCAGCUGCCGCCGCCGCCACACGCCCGGGAGCGAAAGGCGCCUGAGGAGAGCGCGCGAGGAGGCCCGAGCGCCGAUGGCGUGGAGACCCCUGUCGGCCAAAGCGGCGGCGAGCACAAGGCCUGCAAGGCCCCGGCGGAACCCGGCGACGACCGGCAGCAGAGCGCCUCUGAGGCGACCUCCAGGCCCGACCAAGUGCCCAUGAGGAAAAGGCAGCUGCCCGCUUCCUUUUGGGAAGAGCCCCGGCCGCCCCCGGGUCCGCUGGGCGUCAGCGCGGGGGCCUUCCCAACGGCCGCCCCCUCCUCUUGUUCCACCUCCUCCGCCAAGGACCUGCCCCUUCAUGAGGGAAAGAAAAGUAAAAAAGCGCCCGAUUGCGGCAAGGCCUCUGCCCCAGACAGCCCUUCCUCGAGCGGGCCUGAGACCGAGGCCGCCAAGGUGCUGAGCGCCUGGAGCUGCUGUCCUUUUCAGUACCACGGACCACAAGCCUCCUCCCCCGGCCUCUACCCGCCGCCGGCCCUCCCUCCCGCAAGCCCUUUCCCAGCCUUGGGGCUAUGGCGGAAGAGCGCGGCCUCCUCGAGAGAAGGGGAAGCUUUCUGCAAGCCGGGCGGCGGCGGGACAGGCCAGAAGGUACACCGGCCUGUGGUGUGGAAACCCAUCCCCACCAAGCCAGCCGCGCCGCCGCCCAUCUUCAGUGUCUUCGGGUACAUUUAGGCUGGGGGCAGGAA